AUGAGACAGUGCCGCAGGCAGAGAGGCAGGAGUCCAACAAGAUGGAUCUCAAGCAAUCAGCGCAGCCGGACCAGCCCCGGAAUAAGAAAGGGCAAUAAGAGAAUCCUUUUGAUUCACAGUUAUAUGGACAACGUUGAAUUGUUGAUUCAAAAAUGGGCCGUUGGGCACACGCGAUGUUCCCAUGGAUCAGCUACCACAAAAAAGCUUACGUUGGCUCAGUUACAGGACAGGACAGGGCUCCAGUUUACAAGUUACCACGAUAAAGUUGAACUAUUAUCAGGGUACAUAUCGGGGAAGCGAUCGUCGCAGAAGCAAGACAACACGAUUCUAACAGCCCGGCACCCUGGUAAAGUCGGGCGCCAGUGGUAUCGGGCCAAAGCCAAGUCUUCUGCUCGACCGCCUAGAGUAUUGCGUCGCUCCGACAAAUGCUAUGUUGAUCUCCGUGCCUGA